AUGUCGGGCAAGGAAGGAGGGAAGGACAGGCGGUUGGAGGGGGAGGCGGAGGGGGAGGCGGAGGGGGAGGACCCCCCGGUCCCCCGCAAGACUCCCCGCUUCCGCUGCCCGACCUGUGGGAAGGGCUUCGGGUUCCCGUCGCAGCUGCAGCUGCACCUGUACUCGCACACCGGCGAGAAGCCGUUCGAGUGCUGCGUCUGCGCCAAACGGUUCAACACAUCCAGCAACCAACUGGUGCACCAGCGCACCCACUCGGGCCACCCCCGGCCAUUCCCGUGCUCCCUGUGCGGCCGCGGCUUCAACACCUCCAGCCACCUGUCCGCGCACCGGCAGACGCACCGGGAGGAGAAGCCGUUCGAGUGCGCGCCGUGCCGCAAGAGCUUCGCCUGUGCCAAGUACCUGAGCGCGCACCGGCGCACGCACGGGGGCCGGAGGAAAGCGGAGGGGGCGGCGGGGACGGGGGCAGCGGAGGUGGCGGGGGCGGGCGAAGCCGGUGGGAAAGCCGGUCAGGACACGCGGCCCCGUCCCUACCGCUGCGCCGUCUGUGCCCGGCGCUUCCACCGCUCGGCACACCUCCUGUCGCACCACCGGCGGCUCCACGCGGGCGAGCGGCCGUUCCCGUGCCCGGCCUGCGGCAAGCGGUUCGCCGCCCCCAGCGACCUGCGGGUCCACGGGCGGAUCCACACCGGGGAGAAGCCAUACAGCUGCGGGGUCUGCGGGCGCCGCUUCGGGCGGUCUGGGCACUUGGCGGCGCACCGGCGCACCCACGAGCGGCAGCGGCUACGGGAGCAACAGCAGCAGCAACAACUCGCCCUGACCGGGGGCUCUGGGCUCGAGUGCGGGGUCUGCAAGAGGGUCUUCGUCCCUGCCGACCCCUCCCAGACACCCCCAGCCGCGUUGGGCUACGAGUGCGCCCGCUGUCUGGCCGGUAAAGGCGGCGGAGGGGGUCACGGGGGCAGAACGGUGGGGGAUGUGGUUUAGUGAGAUUCGCGUCCGCGGUUCCUUUUCGCUCCCGGAGCGGCGAUUGGCUUCUCCCACUGCCCCC